CCAACUUGACUGCUACAUUCUUUUUACCCUCAGUGUCCUGUAUCAUUCAAUUUUGUAGCAGUACACUCUUUGAAAAGAGAAAACACUCAUUCACCUUUUAAAAUGCCUCCCCAUCCAUCUGAGAUAGCUGCUCAGAAGUGGAAUGCUAAAAAGAAAGAGAAAGUAGUGGCAAGACAAGUGUCUUCCGGCGCUGAGGUCGUAACCCCAGACAUAGCUGAUGACAUCGCAGAUAGCAAGCUGCAACGGUCUUCAAAGAAAAAAGCACUGGAGCGCAAAGUCUGGAAUAAUACAACCAGCAAUAAUUGCAAGCGUGCACCAACGGUGACUGAGCUUCUGUCUGCGCCUGCAACAAAGUCAGUAAGGAAGACACUGAAAGCAGUCGAAAAGACACAGAAAGCAGUUGAAGGUGGUGGUCGUGAGAGAAGCAGUGUAGCUUCCACUCUCACGAGUCACAAUGGUGUGUCAGUUGACACCGAUGACUCUGCGAGUGAAUAUGGUAUCAGCGACUCUGAAUCCAAUAAGUCAGAUGUCAAUGUGGAAGUUGAAGACGACAGUGAUAUCUCAGACUUACUGUCUAAAACCCCGGAGAAUCUUCAUGAGAUUCCGCGUUUUGUUCCACCCCGCCUUGCUUCACGUUACAGUGAUAGUUCAGCCGCUGCAUCAACAUGGGAUGAUGAUGAUCCAGCGGGCCAACUUGUCACGGUCACAGCUGACUCAGUCAAGGUCAAAUGCGAGCCUGACGAGAAGAAGAAAAGGAGCAAGCUCAAAGGACGACAACAGAUUGAGGUGACCUAA